UGUAUAGUGAUCAGUAAAAAUGUAUAGUUUUGUGUUAGGCUUUAAUAAAUUUUGAUGAGAUGUGCCUCAGAACAAUAUUGAAUGGGUGCUGGUAGCAGAAAUGUAAACAUAAACACAGCUUUUCGCGCUAAAAUAUAUUGCGAUACGUGCAAAACUGUUAAACAUUUAACAAAAAAAAUCUGUGAUAUAAUUAUAGUGAAAGUUAAGAAAGGUGAUAAAUUAAAUUAUAAGGCUUAUAUCAUUUAAAAUUAACAAUGCAAAAUCCUAUAUUAAAAACCAUAUCCGCAACAAACAGACUGUCGAGUGAAGUUAGAAUUUUAAAAAAUCGUGGAUUUUCAAAAUGGCGACGGAUGGCGACACCGGCAAUGGCGUCAUCGAGGAGUUUCAGUGCUGUGCCAGAACAAGAGAAGUAUGUAGUGAAUUCUGUUUAUCCUGAUAUCGAAAUUCCAAAUGAAAAUUUGGCCACCUACACAUGGAAAUAUAUCAAGAAUCACGAGAACUUAGUGGCAUCGGUAUGUGGCGUUACUGGACGGUCGUACACUUACGCACGUUUGAGAGACAUGAGCGCUGCUAUUGCUUCACGGCUGAUAACAGUACUAAAGCUUCAGCCUUGCGACACAGUGGCGCUGGUUUCGCCUAAUGUUCCUGAAUUUCCGGCUGUUGUAAUGGGAGGCGUAGAAGCAGGAAUGAUAAUUACAACAGUUAAUCCGCUAUAUACUGCAGAGGAAAUAUCUCGGCAAUUCAUCAACAGCGGAUCAAAAUGUGUCUUUGCCAGUGAUGAGAGCGUAUCUGUGGUAAUUGAGGCUGUUAAAUCUUUACCAGAACCUAUUCCUAUUAUCGUCAUCAGUACUGAAGGAAAGCCAUGUCCUCAAGGAUGCAUCAAGUUUUCAGAGUUCAGCGAUACGAAAAAUGCAGACUUUUCUGUUUUAGAUAAGGCUUUAGAAAUUUCAAAACCGAACGAUGUAUGCAUGAUGCCAUAUUCCAGUGGAACAACGGGAUUGCCCAAAGGUGUUGAACUGACUCAUAACAAUAUAGCCAGCAAUUGUGAAAUGCUCAAGGCUGGUGAAGUGCCUCUCGUCACGCCAGCAUCAGGAUCCUUUCAAGACGUAAUUCCUUGUGUACUGCCAAUGUUCCACAUAUAUGGUUUAGUUGUGAAUAUGGCGAGCAAAUUGCAGUUAGGAUGCAAAUUAGUCACGUUGCCUAAAUUUUCUCCCGAUACCUUUUUGCAAGCACAAGCGGAGCAUAAGGGCACCCUUCUACAUCUGGUACCUCCGAUAGUAUUAUUUUUAAGCGCACAUCCCAGUGUGGAGCAGCGUCACCUGGAAUCGGUAUCCGUUGUGAUGAGUGGUGCAGCUCCUUUGGCUGCUUCUGAUGUUGAGAGGUUCAAAGAACGCGCUCCUAAUGUAGUAUUCACUCAGGGUUACGGUAUGACUGAAACUUCACCUGUGGUUUUGAUAGGAGAUCGUAGUGUAGAAAAUUAUGCAUCUGUGGGUAAUCCUACGCCAAGUACCAGUUGCAAAAUAGUUUCUCUAGAAACAGGGGAAAAUUUAGGACCAGACUCG